GACUCGAGCGUCCUGGACGAAGAAACACUCCUGGAAAUCUGUGCCAAAACAUCUUGAACAAAAACAAGCUUGGACAUGACGGAGUAGCACUUCAAAAUUCAUCACCCAAUUAAAAGUUUCAAGUUUUCCCGAGUUCAAAAUGAGACCAAUCCAGAGUCAAAGCUUGGCUGUUCUUCUAUGUUUCAGUCUUUCGGUCCAACAAUGUGUGUCGGAAAUCUAUCAGGGGCAUUACGCGACCUCAAGUGUGAACUCUUCAAAUGAAAAUACUGUGGACUCAAAGCAAGCAGCACAGAUUUUGAAUGAUAUCGUGAGCUUUGGGAUCGACCAAAGUGAUCGACUUGAGAAUGUGCGAGAGAAACAAUUGUUUGAGCAAGGCGUUACACUCAAAAAGUCGAAUCCCGCUCAUUUUGUGGGGAUCUUUAACAAACAAAAGCCCAAAGCCAGAGAGCUUUCCUCCAUUGGAUAUGCCUCACUUCAAGCCAGUUCUCUUCUUGCCAGACAAUUUCGCUUGACUCGCCAACAAGUCGUGUACGGUUUAGAGCGAGUCGAACUCCGCUCCACGGAUCUUUUCCGAAAAUGUCCUUUUGGAGACGGUCCUCAACCUCGUCAAGAUCUUUGCCGAGGCCUAGAUCUGAUGUAUCGUUCCCCCGAUGGAUCGUGCAACAACCUUCGAAAACCGGAAUGGGGAGCUUCGUUCUCUCCUUCACUAAGGUUCUUACCUCCCGUGUAUUCGGAUGCCGUGGGUCUCCGAGGAACAUUUCGUUUGCCAACUCGGGUUCGGAGGAAUAAUCGCGUCCUUCCCAGUGCCCGAAUGAUUAGUAACACCAUCCAUAAACACGUUGAAACGGACACGAGCACAUUUACCAUGAUGGUGAUGCAAUGGGGGCAAUUUCUUGACCACGAUAUGACCUUCACACCCCAACGACGUGGUUUCCAGAACUCUUUGAUUAAAUGCUGCACUGACAAUGGACAACCGCUGCCGGAAGACCUCAUGCACGAAGAGUGCAGACCAAUCGAGAUCCCGGUCACGGACCCCUUCUACUCGCGAUUCAACGUCACAUGCAUGGAGUUCGUGAGAUCCCUGGCGGCUCCUAAACGGGACUGCAGUCUGGGACCUCGAGAUCAGAUGAACCAAGUGACUAGCUUCAUUGAUGCCUCCAACGUCUACGGAAGCACCCAAGAGGAGCAAGAUCGCCUGAGGCUUCUCAAGAACGGAAAACUUCGAUACACUGACCUUCACAUUCGGAAAUCACUUCUCCCGCCUCUGGCCCAAGAAACUGCCAACGAAGAGUGCAGAAUCAGCACCCCCAAUCUCCAUUGUUUUGAAGCUGGGGAUGAGCGCGCCAAUGAGCAGCCAGGGUUGACAAGUAUGCACACUUUGUGGCUUCGAGAGCAUAACCGGUUGGCGCGGGAACUCCAAAAGGAGAAUCCCCAUUGGGACGAUGAGAGAACAUUCCAUGAAACCCGGAAAAUUGUGGGUGCCAUGCAUCAGCACAUCACCUUUAAUGAGUGGCUACCGAUCAUCUUAGGACCACGUGUGUUGAAGAUUUUCGAGCUCAAUCUCAAUCCCACCGGAUUUUAUGAUGGCUACAACGAUACCGUCAAUCCCACGGUUGCCAAUGCCUUUGCCACAGCCGCCUUCAGAUUCGGGCACAGCCUCGUCAAAGGCAGCUUGAGCCGACACAACAAGGAGUUCCGAGAGGUUCCAUUCUAUGUAAAACUCCGGAAGGAGAUGAACAAUCCGGCCAACUUACAUAAUUUCGGAUCGGUUGAUAGAAUCACCCUCGGGUUGUGCAGCAAAGCGUUGUCCAGGCGGGAUGAGUUCAUCAGCGAAGAGCUCACUAACCAUUUAUUCCAGAAUCCGCGUGUGAAUUAUGGAAUGGAUCUGGCGUCUCUGAACAUUCAGCGAGGUCGGGACCAUGGACUGGCACCUUACAAUGAAUGGAGGGAACAAUGUGGUCUCAAGAGGUUUAAUACCUUCUCAGAUAUGAGUGAGGUCAUGCGCGACGAAACAGUUACGGACUUCCAAAGAGUCUACGACAAUGUCGACGAUAUUGACCUCUUCACCGGUGGCUUGGCCGAGCUACCAGUCGUUAGUGGUAUUGUCGGACCCACCUUUGCUUGCAUUAUCGGGCAACAGUUUCUCAAUCUCCGCAAAGGAGACCGGUUUUGGUAUGAAAACGGCGAGGAUGUUAAUCCGAGCGGUGCUUUUAGUAGUGCUCAAUUGCAAGAGAUCCGCAAGACGUCAUUGGCCAGAACCGUUUGUGACAAUUUGGACGAUAUUGAAAUGCUCCAACCCUAUGCAUUUUUGACCGUGGAUAGCUUCAAUAACGAACGGACAGCUUGCCGAGGAACAGGCAUUCCAAGAUUGAACACCGCAGCCUGGAGAGAAAAUCCUAUUUUGGCCAGACCUCCAUUACUCUCAGCUAUGUCCAAUCUCUUGCGCACCCAACCUGAAGGCGCUGGACCCUUGGUGUACAUCAGUGAGACUUCUAAUCAAGCCAACUUGAAACACUGGUAUGAGGACAAUUCCCAGAAGAACGGCUCCCCACCCCACGAUCAGGAUCCGUUCAUCGAGCAGCCUGAUGUGAACGAUGGAGUCGAGCCCAAAAUCAUCCAUCAGAGUAAAAUGCCAAAUUUCAGGGAAAACGCUCCCUUCACAACCGAAGUUCCCAGACAAAUCACCAGGGACCAAUACUACAAUUUCUUCAAUAACGAAAUUGGCCGCGAUAUUGCAGACCAAUCGAGCGAUUCGGACGACUUGUACCCUCAUGUUUCCAGGGGAGCAGAGCCUGCCAAUCGGUCCAAAGGACGGCGGGGUAAAAAGAAAGGUGGAUUCCAAAAGCCCCAAGUCCCAACUACUAAGGCUGAGUUACAAAAAAUGUUUGAGUCCCUUUUGAAGGACGUAAAUGAAAUCAAAUGGUGAGACCAGCUCCAUACAAGCCCAUCUACCCAUGUAUUAGCCAUUCUUGAACAAACAUUCGAAAAAGCCACAUCCCCUC